GCCCUCCUUUUACUUUAUCCAACCUUUAUCUCCCCCUUUUCCCCCUCUCUUUAUAUCUCUAUCUUUCUCUCUCCACCCAAAUGCCUUAAUUUUCGGUCAUAUUGAAAUAACCCUACAUUAUAAGACCUAAAAAUUUGAUGAUAAUUGCUUCUACACUUCCAAUUUUCAGUUUCCACCACCAUGGAUAUUGCUCCCAAGCUUCUCUUCUCACUUCUCCUCUCCACUCUCAUUCUCCACUCCUCUGCCUCAGGGCAAAUGCAAACUAUCCGUUGGAGCCGCAAACACACUACUGAGCACGACGCCACCUUCCCCACCACCACGCCGGCCAUCGUCACCGUCCCCUCCUCCGCGCCGGUCACCGUCACGCCAACCACACCUCCUGCGGCGCCGGUGGUGAACCCCGUCGUCGCACCGCCGGUAAUCACCGGAGCUCCGCCCACCGCCAUCAACCCUCCUGCGGCGCCGGUGACAAAUACCCCGGCCGUGGCCCCUCCGGCGACCGCCACCGGUGCGCAGAGAUGGUGCGUGGCGAAAAGCGGAGCGCCGGAAAAGAGCAUUCAGGCGGCGCUGGAUUACGCCUGCGGGAUCGGCGGAGCGGAUUGCUCCACCAUCCAGCAAGGCGCGAGCUGCUACAACCCUAACACGCUCCAAAAUCACGCCUCCUACGCCUUCAACAGCUACUACCAGCGGAAUCCCCUCCCUACCAGCUGCGAUUUCGGCGGCGCCGCCUCCCUCACCACUUCAAAUCCAAGCUCCGGUUCAUGCGUUUACGCAGCAUCAGCCACGACGGCGACGCCGGUGAGCACUCCCCCGGCAACUGUAUCUCCGCCGACGACGACAGCGCCACCGAUUAGCUUAACUCCGCCGACAAUUGCGUCUCCGGUGACGGUGAAUCCCAAUCCGACGCCGACUACGACUACACCGCCAUCAUCAACCGGAGCAUCGCCGACACCGACGGGAUUAGGCAUACCUCCGAGCAUAUUGAAUUCGAGCAAUCCUGGUAUGGGAGGCGCGACGGCGGGGUUCGGAAUCGGAGAUGGAUCUCCGGUUGCCAACAUGACAACUGCUGUUUCAGGAUCGAGCGGGAUUGAGCCGUUUGUGGGGUGCAUUGUUGCGGUUGCAGCCAUUGUAGUGUUGGGGAUGUAGAAGAAGGCCGUUGCAGAUUGCUUGCUCUACAGUUUUGGGGGUUUGCAGAAACCGUAGUCCAGAUUUUGAACUGAUCUAUAUAUCAUAUUUAUGCAUAUGCAACAUUGAGAGAUUAGGAUUUGGUUUCCAUUAAUGAUAGAACUAAACUCUAUUAGUUUUGUGUACAAAUAAUUAUUACUAGUACUUGUUAUCACCUUCCUCUGUUAUGAUGAAUCGUGAAUCCUCUGUUCUUGCAUUGUA